ACGUUCACACGGUCUGUCUUUCACCUUAGGGAUUACAAUCAUAGAAUUAAAGACCAGAUGGUACCUGGCUAUAUAAAUAUUGGUUAGCAGCUACGGCCUACGGAUCGAGCUAUUAAAUUCACAGGCAGAUAUUGUUUGCGGAGUCGGAGAUCAAAUCGAAAGAAUGCUUAAGCUGCUAUAUAUUUCUUUGUGAUCUCAGUCUGAUUCAUCUUCUGCCAUGAUGUUUCCAAGAAUUAGAUGCAUUUUUCCUCUUCUUCCUCUCCUCUUCAAUCUGUGCUCUGCAGCUCACACCAUCUUCGCCAACAGCUCUCUUUCGGGGAAGCAAAUCAUCACCUCCUCCGGCGGUAACUUCGUGCUGGGUUUCUUCGCGCCGGGCAACUCAGAUCGAUACUACGUCGGCAUAUGGUACGGCAAGAUUCCCAAGCUCACCUCUGUGUGGGUCGCCAACCGGGAGACCCCCGUAGCCGACCCGUCCACUUCUGUGUUCAAAAUCUCAACCGACGGCAACCUCGUCCUCCUCGACUCUUCCAACGCCCUCGUCUGGUCCACCGACGCCAACACCACCACCAAUUCCACCGUCGCUAUGCUCCUCGACUCAGGAAAUCUCCAGCUGUGCGACGCCUCCAAUCCCUCUCGGGUAGUGUGGCAGAGCAUGGACCACCCCACCGACACCUGGCUCCCCGGCGGCAGACUCGGGCUGAACAAGCUCACCGGCGUGAGCCAACGCCUGACGGCCUGGAAGAACAACGACGACCCUACGCCCGGGAUCUUCAACCUGGAAUUGGAUCCCAACGGGACCAGCCAAUACUUCAUAAUAUGGAACUCAACCUACUCGUACUGGACCAGCGGGACUUGGAACGGGCAGUUGCAGAUCUUUAGCCAUGUUCCGGAGAUGAGGUCGAAUUAUAACUACGACUUCCAAUAUUUCAACAACUCUGUGGAGAACUACUUCAACUACUCGAUGAAGUCCUCCGCAAUCAUCUCCAGGUUCGUGAUGGAUGUCGAUGGGCGGAUCAAGCAGUUGACGUGGCUGGAUGACAAGCAGUUGUGGACCCUUUUCUGGCAGAAGCCGGAUAAGCCGUGCCUGGUUCACUCUCUAUGCGGAGCUUUCGGCAGCUGCAAUGAGAACGCCAUGCCCAUCUGCCAGUGCGUCAAGGGCUUCCGCGUCAGGAGCCAGAGCGACUGGGACUUGGGCGACCAGAGCGGAGGCUGCACCCGGAACACGCCGCUGCAGUGCGUCGAUCGAGCCCACUUGUCCAACUCUCAGAGGGACAAGUUCCUCGCCAUGGACAACAUGAGGCUGCCGGUGAACAGUCAGACUUUGAACGGCAUCGGACGCGACGAGGAUUGCAAAUUGGCCUGCUUGAACAAUUGCUCUUGCACGGCCUACUCCUUCUCCGGCAGCAGGUGCUCUGUUUGGCACGGCGAGCUGUUCAAUCUCCAGGAUCAGUUCGACGAAUCGGGCGCCAGCACGCUUCAACUUCGUCUGGCCGCCUCGGAGCUGUCGAACCCCAGGAGCAACAAGACGCUCGUAACUUGGGCCGUUGCCAGUGCCGCCGCCGCAGUCGUGGCUUCUUUGGCUCUCAUUUUGUUCGUGACGUGGCGCCGACGGAGGUCGAGGUUGAUGGGAGAAUCCAAAGCCGUGGGCAGCGGGAUCGUUCCGUUCCGGUACAGCGAGUUGCGACACGCGACUAAGAAUUUCUCGCACAGGCUCGGCGGCGGCGGUUUCGGGUCGGUGUUCAAAGGCUCAUUUCCGAACUCGACCGCCAUCGCGGUGAAGAGGCUUGAGGCGCUUCGCCAGGGGGAGAAGCAAUUCCGCACCGAAGUGGGCACCAUUGGCACGAUCCAGCACGUCAACCUGGUCCGCCUCAUCGGCUUCUGCUCGGAGGGAGCUAACAGGUUGCUAGUCUACGAGUUCAUGCCUAAAGGCUCACUAGACACUCAUCUCUUCAGCGCCUCUGCCACCGUUUUGAACUGGAAGACGAGGUACCAAAUCGCGGUCGGAACCGCAAGAGGAUUAACCUAUCUCCACGAGCAAUGCAGGGACUGCAUCAUCCACUGCGACAUUAAGCCGGAGAACAUUCUGUUAGACGAUUCCUUGACUCCCAAACUGUCGGACUUCGGCCUGGCUAAGCUUAUGGGGCGAGACUUUAGCCGGGUCCUGACGACGAUGAGAGGGACAAGAGGCUACCUCGCGCCGGAAAUGAUUACCGGCUUGCCGAUCACGGCCAAGGCCGACGUGUACAGCUACGGGAUGAUGCUGUUCGAGAUUGUGUCGGGGAGGAGGAACCUGCAGGAGAAGACGGAGGAAGGCAACACUGCAGGGUUCUUCCCAACUCUGGUGUUCAGCAAACUCAUGGAGAAGAACAUCGGGAGCUUGCUGGAUCAAAGAUUGGAAGGUGAUGCGGAUUUGGAGGAACUGAACAGAGUAUGUAAACUUGCUUGUUGGUGCGUCCAAGACAACGAGAUUUGCCGGUCGACGAUGGGGCAGGUGCUUCAAGUUUUGGAAGGCUUUCUUGAAGUCUCCAUGCCGCCAAUUCCACGAUCUCUCCAACUUCUUACUGAAACGCCGGAGAACAUCAAUUUUUUCUAUCAAAGUCUCUCCGCGAAUCAAGGUUCGCAGAGCAGCAGUGACACCCCAAGCGGCUGGCAGACCAGAAGCAGUACGACGAACAAUUCCAGUGCAUGAAGGUUUUGAGGUCUGCAAAUAUAUAAUGUUGUAUUUGUUUGUCAGUUUAGUAAAAUUGUAACACCCGAUAUUGUUAUUAAAGUUUAAAUUCAAUAAAAUGAUCUAAUUUAUAUUUUAAUUA